UCCCUUAUAAACAAUAAAUAUUGACACCACAUCGCUUUGGGUAGUAUGUUACUUCUGACAGCUAUGUAAUUAAUUUUGGAAAUAAUAUUUAUUUCAGUGCUCUACUUCAAAAGAGAAUAUUUUACUGAAAAGAAAGGAUGAAAUUGUAGGAAUAUAACAGUGGCACUAUAUAUGUUUAUGAAACAAGUUACAAGAUGCCUACCGUUAUUGCAUUAGACGUAUCUCUGUCGAUGAGACGUCCUGUCCAAGGAAACAUAUCGGCUGACAAUUCACAGAAUGAGCAAUUAACAAGACAUCAUUUAGCUGUGCAAGGAAUAAAUGCACUAUUGUACUACUUGCAAGUGAACUCAAAACUUGAAUUCGUAUCUUUGGUUGUAUUCUCAUCUUUGUAUGAAGUGGUUUGUCCCUUUACUCGGGAUUAUGAUACCAUACGUGCAAAAUUACAAAAUAUCGAGGAAUGCGACAAGACCUGUAUUGAAACAGCUCUUCAUGGUGUGAAUAAUGUAAUAAUGGCAGAAUGGGGAAAUACCACUGCAUGUCAGGUAGUUUUGGUAACUGAUGGGAAUCCUGGUGUUGGCCCAAUGUCCCUAGGAGAUUCAUUAAACUCGUUGAAUGUCACCAGGGAAAUGAAUCCAUUUCCGUUACCGUUUCCAUAUCCAGGAAAAUUAAGCAUCGUAUGCAUUGCAUCCCAACAAGAUCGAGGAUUAUCUGUUGGGCUUCCACUUUAUCAACGUUUAGUAGAAUUAGCAGGUGGUGACAGUACUGUUAUGAUUCCUGAAGGCCCGCUUACUAAAAAUUCGGUGGUAAAUUGCUUUCAAAAAUUAGCAGAGUCCAAUUAUGUGUCAUUCCAAGGUUAUUUAAAAUGUGGUCACUUGGGAUCUCGAAUACUUUUAUCUCCUGCACCAUUGCCGUAUGUAAAAAAGACAGAUUUUGAAUUGGUCACAGGAUUAAUUAUAUCUAAAACUAUUGAAAUUUGCGGUUUUAUAUCAGUCGCAGAUGUAGGCAGUCCUAGUGCUAUAUCAAGGCAUUUAGUGUUACCAGUAUCAACCGAGAAAACACCCAGUAUGCAAGGUAUAUCCUUAGAGGAAGACUCUGAUACAGAUGACAAUGGAGAUGAAGGAAAAGUACCUUCCUUCUGUGUCUUACUGCAUGGAGCAUUAAAGGUGGAAAAUAUGGCUGCUCUGUGUCUCUUGAAUUCUGAUUGGUACGGAUUUAUUUAUUCGUGGGCUGAUACCAAGAAAAAGUCUAAUUUAAUGUUAACAGUAUUGGAGCCUGGAUCUGACGUUGUACCUUGGCUAGGAAACUUCAGUAAUUUAGGCCCAAUCGAGUCAUCAAAUAAGACCUCUGAAGCUGCCUUUCCAGUCCGACCAGCGGAAAAAAGGAGUUAUUCUCAGAAUGCUCCAUCUUGGAUUCGCCAAGUUGGUUUGCAAUCUGACAUUCAGAAGAUACUAAGACAUGCUCGAAAAUUGCCAGAGAAAACACAAAAUUUUUAUAAGGAGUUAAAUAGACUGCGCCGUGCAGCACUGUCAAUGGGCUUUGUGGAACUAUUGGAAGGAUUAGCUUCUAUAUUUGAAAGGGAAUGUACAUUAUUGCCACCAAAUUUAAAUCCUGAUUGUACCAUCCAAAUGGGACAUGUGGCAGAAAUGUUGAGAAAGCCAUUUUCACGAGAAUUGAAAAAUAAUAUCACUCCGGUCAGGACAAAAUUUCAUCAUACAGAAUAGUUACUGCAAAACAUAAUAAUAAGGGUAAUUUUCAAUAUAAUAUAAAACUUAUGAAGAAUUUGCACAGAAUAUAGUAAUCAUAUUUUUUAUUCAA